AUGUUUUUUCUCUACUCGCAGCGAAUCCAUGAAGAUGAAGAACAAGAAACGACCAAAGGCAAAAAAAAAACGCCAGUGAAAUCAUCGAACAAAGGUCAAGAGCCAACAGCUGAAAAAGAUGAUGUGGAAGAUGAUUCGCGAGAGGCUGAUGAAGAAGACGAAGAAGAAGAUUCAAGACCAUCAGCGGGAGCCCCUGGAACAAAAUCGAAACGAAAUGGAAAACCAUCGUCCACAGUAGCAGCAAGCGGUGAUGCGGCAGCCACAGGUGCUGAUGAAGAGUAUGACGAAGACGAUGAUGAAGGAGAAGAAGAUGAAGAAUACAAAGACGAUAGUCCAGAUGAAGGAGAAGAAAGCGAUGAUGAUGACGGUGCUGUCGGUGGUGCGGACGUGGAUGAUGAUUCAAAAGGUGUCGGCGAGGAAGAAGAUGAUGACGAAGAGGAAGCAUAA